AUGAACAUUGUUACACGAAUAUCAAACAAUGGAGUUAUUACGUUUUUCAUUUCAAUGGUUACGGAAGAAUUAUUUAAUUUAGCAAUAAGAAGUUCACAAUUGAGGAAUAGAAAAGAAUUACGUCUUUCCUUUCGGUUUCUCGAUCUUCUUGCAUGA